AAGAAGAUGGCAGCCGUGGCGUGAAUAAUUAUUUCGCGAAAUUUUUUUUUUUAUUGAUAAAUCUUAUUUGAUAACGAUAAGAUACAUCGAAAUUGCAUUCGUAACGAAGUUAUCGUAUCCGUUUACAGCUGCUACUUCUUCUUCAUGCGACGUUGAUAACUCGUGAAUAACCAAUAACAGUUUGUUAAACGCGAUAAACUAAUAAUUUUUUUUUUCAUUCCCUGCGGUAAAGGAACUGAUUUUUCAGUAAAUUUUUGUCAGUCGAAAAUUUAAAAAAUGGGACAUUCCGGGCUCGUGCCGGCGAUGGGCCGUUCGAGGAAGUUUGUAAAAAUUUGAAAAACAUAUUGACGUGGUUAAAGGACAUUUGAAUCGAUAAAUUGAAUGAUAAAAUAUCGGAUAAAUAAUUUUGUCGUCUGUUUUCAUCGUUAAAUGGUAAAAUGAAAAAUUGAGAAUAAAAUGGAAUAAUAAAGAAGGACCAAAAGUUUUUUAUUAUGCGGUUCACGGUAUUCGUGGAAGAUCAUCAUCAUCAUUGUCAUUGUCAUUGUCACAGAUGGCAUCGUGCUCAUACUAAUUCAAAGUUGACAGGAGAUAUUUAUAAUAAAUUAAUCGAUACUGUCCAACUGGACAAUAAAUGUUGUAACGUCAGUGAUUAACGCUCGUUAUGUAAUAUGGAAUUGAACAAUGUUGUUAAGACAUAAACAUGUUUUGGGUACAUUGUGGACUUUUUGUUCUCGUGAUUGCCGUACCUGGAUUUAUUAGCACCACUGACAGUACGUCCAAGCGAGAGGCCGACUAUACCUUGGACGAUUCCUUUUGGAAUGAAGAGACUCCCGCCGGCGAGGUUGAACGACUGUUGCGAGAGUAUCGUCAGAAUCAGGAGUUAGUACGCGAUAUUGGUGCUCACAAUUACCAGAUUAUUUAUCCGGUGCAGUUGCGGCACCACGAGAAAAUGGGGAUAUCCACGAGAGAGGCAGGCUUUCCGAAGUAUCCACAGAGAAGUGGCUACUCGGACAGCUAUCAAAAUGCGAGAGGAAGAUCGAGAGCCGGGAAACACUUUCACCGUACAUCCCUCUUGAUCAAAGCCUUCAACCACAAAUUCCGCCUAGACUUAGAAUUAAAUACACAACUUUUAGCACCGAAUCUCAUGCAAAAGGACUUUUUGAGUCACGAUGCUGAGCAGGUAUCCAAGCAGGAAAUUGAACAUUGCUAUUAUCACGGCACUGUGAGAGAUUACCCAGGUGCUAGUGCGGCAUUUCACACGUGCAACGGCGUAAGCGGUGUCAUUCAUCUUGGCAACGAGACCUUCGUCAUUCAGCCGUUCUACGGUGGUGACUUGUCGCAGAGACAUCCUCACGUUAUAUUUGAGGCUCGAACAAAAGCGAACAAAGGCUGCGGCAUCGCCAGUAAUAUUGAACGUCGUCUUACGAAGAACCGACGACAGAAGCAUGUACUCGGCCUAUCUGAGACAAUUGGUGAUCGAUACAAGCGAGACGUACGUGAGGCAACAAAAUACAUCGAAACUGCCAUGGUCAUCGACAAAGCUAUGUUUGAUAAGAGAAAUGGUAGUAGCAGAGCAGAAGUAGUCCACGAUGCCAUCCAAGUCGCCAAUAUAGCAGAUUUGUACUUCCGUACGUUAAACACAAGGGUAUCAGUAGUAUACAUCGAGACAUGGUCAGGCGGCAAUCAGGCGCAAAUAGAAUCAGGAAUGGAGAUAAAUCGUGCAAUACAAAAUUUCAACGAUUACAUCGUUCGAAAAAUGUAUAAAUCCACCCAGGACACGAUUCAAAUGCUGACGGGUGAGACAUUUCAGGGUGGUGAGUCUGGUGUUGCUGCUCAUGCCACUGUUUGCAGUCCAAAAUCAGUGGGUAUUAGUGUAGAUUUGAAUACUUAUGAGCCACAUUUACUUGCUGGUACAAUGGCUCACAUGAUCGGCCACAAUAUUGGAAUGCAGCACGACGACGGAAGAGAAAAUUGCUACUGUCGUGAUUGGCACGGGUGUAUCAUGGCCCAGUCGAUAGUAGGUGCUGACAAUGUUCAGCCCUACAAAUUCUCGGAGUGCAGCAAAGCCGAUUAUGAGGAGGCUUUGAAAGCAGCACACGGUAUUUGUCUGUUUAACAAGCCAAACGAGUUGGAGACUAGAUUAUGCGGUAACAGGGUCAUUGAUGCCGAUGAAGAAUGUGAUUGUGGUACACUCGAUGAUUGUCCCGAUAUCGAUCCCUGUUGUGAUCCAAUAACUUGCAAGCUCAAGGCCGAAGCCGAGUGUGCAUCAGGUCCGUGCUGCAACGAGUGCAAAUUGCUCCCGAGGGGCUCGAUUUGCCGUGAAUCAUCAAACGAAUGUGAUUUGCCUGAAGUUUGCACUGGUGAGAGUGGUCAAUGUCCGGUUGAUCUCUACAAGAAGAAUGGAAAGCCCUGCGCCAACAACGAGAGCUUCUGCUUCAGCGGUUUUUGUCCUGAUCUCAAUGUCCAAUGUACCCAAGUCUGGGGGGAUCAGGGAAAGGCCGGGGAUAUGCAGUGCUUCGAGCAAUUUAACUCCAAGGGCUCGAUAAAUGGACACUGCGGUACAGAUUCAGCUGGUCAUUUCGUUAAAUGCGAGUCUGGAAAUGUACGAUGUGGUUCUCUUCAAUGUCAAGACGGAAGUGAACAGCCGGUGAUCGAUGGUAUGGACCCAUCUUGGUCCAGAACCAUCAUAUCAAUCAGGGGAAAGGAGUACGAGUGCAAAGCUACCAGUGGUAAAGUGGAAGGUAAAGAUCUUCCAGGAAUGGGAUUAGUUCACGAUGGUACAUCUUGCGGUGAUAAUUUGAUAUGCGUCAAUCAAACAUGCACCAAUGUAUUUCCAUACAUAGACCAAGGAAAAUGUCCAAGUAAUCAGCACGACUUGGAAUGCUCAGGAAACGGGGUGUGCACAAAUGUGAACAAAUGUCACUGCGAGCCCGGUUGGAGUGGUCCUGACUGUUCAAUACAGAGUUACAUACCAACACCAAAACCAACAACAACAAGCACUGAAGCACCAGCUGGUAAACCAACUGAAUCAGCAAAUAAACACCAGAAGAAAGAGACCCCCUACGAGAACUACCACGGCUCUAACACAGUAUUUUUAGUUGGUAUGCUCAUGUCGGUGGUAGGGGGUGUUUUCGUAGUAUUUGCUCUGAUGGCUCUCUGCUACAGGUCAGUCGUAGUACAUAAAAACUUCUCCCUCUGUCUCAGACGAAAGAGUACAACAAUCCAGAAAUGCGAUCCACCGUACCAGAGAAAUCCAAAACCAAAAACAUAUACAACAAUACCGGCAAAUCAUCCACCUGAGAGUGCUGCACUGGAUGGCAACAAGAUAUUGGCAUUUGACAGUAUGGCUCCGUAUAGUUCUGAUGCCCAACGCGUGCUGUUUCAAUCCCAGAAUAACGUCGGAACUCCGGAUGGGCCACGUCUGAAGGAUCACAAAUCACAACCGAAGAGGCUGGGUAUGGAGGACGAGGAUGGAGGUACGGGAGCCGAGGAUGUUGUCUCUUUCAUUGAUCUCCCACCGAACAGUCUGACAAAGUUGCCUGAGAAGGGAAUUUUAAAGAAACAUGGUGGUUACGCAGGUCUCGAGGACGGACGAAUGGUGGAGAUGCAGCGAACCCUGAACAGUCUGAAUGGUUAUCACGGUGAACUGAUGCAAGCACUGAGAACAGCAGCAAGACAUCACGGUAUGUCACGUGUACCAUCGGGUUCUGGUAAUAUUAUGGAUGACGAAACACUGACAAAAUCAUUGGCAGAGUGUAAAUAUCCAGAUUCAUACCGUAAAGUAUCGAUUGACAAUGGACAAGACAACAUUGAUAAUCAAGAUGACGAUGACGAGGAUGAUGUACCACCAACAUGUGGCCCAAUACGUAUACGUACACUUGAGGAUAUAAUACGUCAACUUGAGGUACAUUCAGCACGUCACAAUAGUCCCAGUGGAUCCGAGGACAUGAGGAUAUCGGAGGGUGAGGGUGAACGACACUACAGAAUGGAUUCUUCAGUAUGCAGUGAAUCCUCACAGGGAAGCAGAAGGUGCAGCCGCGUUCGCGACGAUGAUCCUAGACUUGUCUAUGGUAGAUAUCGUCAGCCUGCAUCGCGAAGCCCGUACGGCACACAUCAGCAUACCCAUCAGCAUUCACAUCAAAUGCACGAGGAGGAGGGAAUCUAUGAAACUGCCGAUCCUGACAGAGGCUCAAACACUAGGGGUGAAACACCCGAUAGCGAAAGUGAUGCAUUUAUUCAAGCUCAACAACCAUUAGCCCGGUGGACGAGUGAGGAGAGGAUAGAGCGUCGACCACCCCAGCAGCCACCACCAAUAUCUUCAUCAAUGGCAUUACCAUCAACAGCAGUAACAACUGAUAAAAAUCAAGAAUUAAUAAAUCAUCAACAACUGCCGGAUGAUAAACUGCCAUUAAACAAAUGUGGCUACUAUCCAUUUUCAUUUACCACUGACAAUGGUCAUGAUAAUGAUACUAAGAUCAUCAAAAAUGCUCAAUCCCAACAACAAUUAAAAUUAAUAUGCCCCGAAUUACGUGGUAUCGAUGUGAAUCACACGCCUAAUAAUAAAAAAUGCCCACUAGACGAUAACAAUAGUCUAGAUUGUAACAUAAAUAAUGGUAAUCCAAAUGAAUUAAAUACAAACAACACUAGUGAUAAUGAAAAUACUGCCCUACUAACCCCUACGCAUUUUCCUGAGUACAAGCAUUGAUAAUUAUUAAAUCGAUGACAGAUAGUGUCCACAUGACGAAUGGAUUCAAAAAUCAUUAUUACUAACUCGAUUCAACAAGAGCAUCAUGAGAAAUAAAAAAAACAUGAUUAAGGAUGAAAAACAAUACUAACAUAGUGGUGUGAUUUAAUCUCGAACUCGCAUUUUAUACUGAAUAGUGUAAAUAACGAUUUGAAAGAAAAAUAAUGAAAAAAAGACCUACAAUUGCGACAGCAGGUAUUUAAAAUUAUAAUGAACUAAAAAUAAUCUAUAUGAAAUGUUUAUUAAUAAACAUUAGGAAAAUUA